GGGGAUGAGUGGGGGGUAAGUGAAUAUUGCUUGUAUGACUACUUUGAUAUAUAUAUAUGUAUAGUCUUGGCUUAUCUCGUUUCUCUUGACUUUAUAUGUAUAUUACGAUGCGAAAGGUACGAAAUACAACCAGUUUACCGCUGGCAAACUAGCUGACAAGUCGCAUCCUAUUUACUUAAAUAAUAAUAUAUAUAAAAAUAUUAUAUAUUGAUAAAAUCAUAUCAUAUAAAAUAUAUAAACUAAUAAAUAUAUUUAAAAAAAGGAAUUUAUCAAUAAAAAUAAAAUUUUUAAAUUAUUAUUUUACAGAAAUUUUAAAAAAAUUACAUUAAAAUUUAUAUAGUGAAUAUAAUUGUGAUGGUAAUUUUAAUUAAGUGAAACUUUUUAUGAAUUAAAUUUGCUAUUAUUUUAUGAUAAACAAAAAAAAAAAAAAACAACAAAAAUGACAGUGAUUAUGUGGAGUGCAACUGAAAAAUCUUGAAUAGAAAAAAAAAACAAUAAAUAAAUAAUUUUCUUUAUAGUUAAAAUUGUUGUUUGUUUAUAUAUUUAACAAUAUUUUUAAUUUUUUUUUUUUUUUAUUGUUAAAAAAAUUAUAUCAUAUUUAAAAAAAUGUUUAUUUUGGCGGUAUUGGGGCUGUUAUUUUUGACCUUCAUUACGACCGCAACAGCUAUUUUUACAGUACCUAGUCCAGAUUAUUUACACGGUCCAAAAAACUACGAUAUCAGUGAUAUCAAUGAGAAAGUAUCGACAAGUAUAAGCAGUAAUGAGGUGAUGCAAAAUAUUGAUGAUAAUAAUAAUAAAAAUAUCAAUGAAUCGGAAAUAAUUGAUGAUCAUUCAAACGAUGAUGGACAAACAAUGUAUGUCAUUGAGUUUGAAUCUGAACUUGGUGAUAAAAAUAUUGUUCAUGGAGGUAAAAAAAAACAUAAUGAUUUAGGUGGAAUGGAUAAUCAAAGUCCACUAGAUCCAUGGUCAAUUGUGUGGUAUAUUGGUUCAUUUGGUGGUCUUGUAACAUUUUUUUUAAUAGUCAGUUGUUCUGAAUGGUGUUGUAGAAAAAAUGCAAGACCAAUUGGAUCAUCAUGUGAUCAAAGAUGUGAUGAUAAUCAACAGCAAAAUAACACAAAUAUCAGUGAAACACCACCACCACCAUAUCAUCUAUUUGCACCACCACCAUAUGAUUCAAUUAAUUAUAGUGAUCUUGUUGAUAAAUCAUCUAGUGAUAAAUUUGAUAUUUAUGUUAUAACAACAACACCAACAACAACAACAACGACAACAAAUACACAGUCAGCAUCUUCAUAAUAUUCAAUGUGAUUUAUUUUUUUUUUUUUUACACCAUGAUAUUAUUAUUAAAUCAAAUAUAUAAUUAAUUUUCAUUGUGGUUACAAAAAUAUAUAAAGAAAAAGUCAGACAAUCUAUCGAUAAAUAUUUUAGAAUGACUCAAUUGAAAAAAAGAAAAAAAUAGAAUCUCAUUAAUUUAAUUUUGUGUGGAUGUUGAUUGACAUUGAAAAUUAUAUAUAUAUUACAUAAAAAUCUAGUGAAUGGAUUGCUCUAAUAAUAAUUAAAAAUGAUGCAACGAAAAAAAAAAAAAUGAAAAAACAUUUUGACCAAAAAAUUGAAGAAAAAAAGAUAUUGUAUUGAAAAACAAAAAAAAAUGGAAAUAAGAAGUUGAAAACUCAUGUUUUUAAACUAGAUAAAUAUAUUAUAUAAUUUUUUUUUUUGUUAUUUAAGAUGAAUAUAUAUUGUUUAAAUAGUAGAAAAAUAAAUUUAUAAAAAAAAAAGAGAACGGUGGAAACCGCGAGUAUAUUGAGACACUUGUAAGUAUAAUUUGACCUCAAUAACAUUGACUAGAAUUGUAAAUUAUAAUUUAUAUUUUCAAGGUCGACUGACUGACUAAUUUCAUUUUAAUUAUUAUUCCUCUAUGACUGCCAUAUGUGAAAGUAAUAAAAAUUAUAAAAUAGGUUUAAUAAAUUUUUUUUGCGAGCAACAAAUAUACUCGAUUAUAUAAAUUUAAUAUUUGAAUGAAUGUUAUAUAUAUUUUAUUGUGUGUUUUUGUGUGGAUAAAAUAUGUCAAUUAAUUAUUGAUAAAAAUAAAUUACAAUUGCUAUUUAUUUUUUAUACCAUUUUGUAAUAAAUAAAUAAUUAAAAACAACAAAAAAAAAUCAAUACAAAAUCCUUAAGAAAAUCAAUUUUUUUUUUUGUGAUAAAAAUAUUUAUAAACAUUAAUUUUUUAGGAUAAUAUUUAUUUAUUGUUAAUUUAAUCAUUUCAUUUUUUUUUUUGUAUCAUAUACUUAAAUUCUUGUAUUUUUUUCUAAUCUAUAAAUUCAAAAUAUUGUCUGUUAAAUAAUUAAUAAAAAAUUCAUAUAUAUUUUUAUUAAAAAAAAAACAUAUAUUCGUGUUUAAUAUUAAUUUUUUUUCCCGACUAAUUAAAUCAAUAAAUAAUGCAUUGUUUAAAUAAAAAAAAAAAAAAUUCUAAAACAACCGACGUAAUUUUAAAUGAAAUAUUUAAAAAAUUUAAAAAUUAUUUGCAAUUAAAUUUAUGUUUUUAAUUUUAAAAAAAAUUUAAUAAAUUAUUUUUCAAUAUAAAAAAAAA